AUGGAUCUUAUCGAUCGCCAACGAGUGAUAUAUAGCGUGUAUGACCUUGGCACGCCCUUUAGGGAACUAAAGACGAACGAGGACCCUCGCCUAAACCUGAUCCCGGCGAAAAAGGCGAGGCAGACACUUCGAAAGAAAGGGACGGAGGUAUUCUUAAUGAUCACGUCGUUAGCGGCGCGGAAGGCGCUUCGACGGGUUAGACUAUCGGUUAGUCGCCCGGAGGAGGUACGAGCGAUCGUGGAGCAAGACGAACCUCCGAUCCCGACCUACGCCGAGCUAUUAACGAUUACCCGCGAGGAGUGGGACGCUAUCGAGCGCUCAGGAGUGCGCUCGGUGAAGGUAGGAGAGGGCGAGGUUACAAAUCACCUACUCGUGAAAGGUCGACGGCGAAAGAAGAAGGAUACCCGAGAAGAGACGGCGCCUAACGAAGCGUAG